AUGGGCAGUAUUGACAUUUGUCCAUCGCUCAACGACGAUUCUCAUAAUACGCCAGAGCGCCCCUGGCAGAGGAUACCAGUCAAUGUCUCGCCAGAACUGUAUUCGGAAAAUGUAAUUGCGAAAAUCAUACGAACGGCAACUGACAGCCUCAUAAAUAAUUGUCCCCCGGUCAAAUACCCGCACGUGGUGCCUCAGGAGGGUGAUUUCGGGCGGUAUGAAUUAACGAGCAUUGAUUUCUGGACUUGUGGAUUCUUUCCGGGUAGUAUUUACUCCCUUCUUGAAAGGGCCAUCAAAUUUCCCAACAGUCUCUGGACAAGCACAGAUGGCGGCAAAAAUCUUGCAAAUGUGAGAGAACAACUCGCCAUUCUUGGCCGAAUAUGGUCAGAUCCGAUCCAUACCCAAGCCCAUUUAACCAAUACCCACGAUCUGGGCUUCAUCAUUCUCCCCCAUAUGCGACCACGGUGGGAGCUCUUCCACGAUCAAGCGGCUCUGAACACCAUAAUCACUGCAGCUCAGAGUCUUUACACUCGAUUCAAUGCAAAAGUUGGAGCCAUCCGGUCUUGGGACGAGAUUGUAUGGCAAAGAGACGCAUAUCACAUAAAGGGAAAAGAGGACAACUUCAUCGUCAUAAUCGACUCAUUGUGCAAUCUUGAGCUACUCUUUUACGCUGCUGCCCAUAGUGGUUUGAGUUAUCUAGCGAACGCUGCUAUUAUUCAUGCAAAGACACUGGCAACGACGCACCUGAGACCGGAACCAUCAAGACACCGAAAGGGGUUCAACGGCAUGCUCUAUAGCUCCAGCCAUGUUGUUAACUUUUCGCCUAUUACAGGAGAAAUUAAGGAGCGACGAACUGUCCAGGGCCAUAACACUGCGUCGACUUGGUCCCGUGGCCAAGCAUGGGCCAUAAUUGGAUAUUCACAGGCCUACACAUGGACAGGUGACACUCAAUUUCUCGACAUUGCUUGCGGUUUGGCAGAAUACUUCUUGUUGCGACUUGAAGAGGCUCCAUCUUGUGUCGAAGUCGAAGUCGGGGAUGGAACCAGUGGCAAAGUAGGUCGUUAUGUGCCAGUUUGGGACUUCGACGCCCCUAUUGAGAAUGAAGUAUCACCACUCCGAGACACAUCAGCUGGAACCGCCGCCGCAAAUGGGAUGCUCAUUCUUGCACAGGCUCUAUCUGGUCAAGGAAAACAUGUGACCAGUGCGAGGUUUCUGGAUGCUGCUACUUGUAUUAUGAGAGACAUCAUUGCCUAUUCAUUAUCGACAGAAAAGGCCACACUGAGUGAUGGAUUAAAUGGAAAGCUCAUCGGAGUAAAUGCCUCCCCAGGGGAGAGGGUAUUUGAAGCAAUUCUCAAGAAUGCAACAGUGUCUAAUAAUGACAAUAACUUUGUAAAAAUUCGAGACCACGGCUUAGUUUAUGCGGACUAUUUCUUCAUCGAAUUUGGUACUCGGCUGCUUCGUCUGGGGUUUGUCUAA